ACACACACCAACAACAACUUACGUAGAUUGCAACGACGAGGGAGUUGUGUUUGUCGAAGCCAAACAUGACAGCCUACUCCACAAGUUCCAACAUAUCAUUGAAGAAGAAGAUGAGAUUCUUGUCCAACUUUUUGCUGAUGGCAUGGUGUGGCAAAACUAUCCUCAUAGCUAUUGUCACAUAAAAUUGGUGAUGGCUGCACUCUUGGCUCAUACAUGAGUUAUUGGGCUUCUGUUGCUGGUUGUGGUUCCACUGGUCACAAAGAAGUACUACCUCUUAACCCUCAUUUUAUUCAAUCCCCACCUACUACCAAUCCUCUUCAGCUCGCAACUCCGGUUUCGAAUCAAAUUAGGCGUGCAAACCUUGUCACCAGAAAAUUCGUUUUCCCCAAUUCAAAAUUACGUGCUCUCAAGAAUAAGGUCUACUCUAUAAACAAUCCUACACGGUUUGAAGUAUUGUCGUCUCUAAUUUACAAAACCGCGGUGGCAGCAACCACCCGAAGAUCAUCGUCUUUUAAGCCAUACCUUUUAUCAAUUCCGAUAGAUAUACGAAAGCAAUUUGUCCCAAAGUUGCCCCAAAAUACUGUGGGAAAUGUCAUUGGAUGUAUGUUGGUCACGACCCGGCAUGCAAGUAAAACUUCAUUAAAUGCGUUAGUUUCCAAGAUAAGAAAAGAGAAGAUGGAAGUUGAGCGACUCCAAGUAUGCAACUGGCUUCUCAAAACUUUGAAUCAGUUAUGUCAAGAUUAAGUGUUUCCGAUAGAUCGUUUUUGUGUUCGAGCUUAUGCGGGUUCCCUUAUAGCAAAGUGGAUUUCGGAUGGGGAAAUCCCACCGUUGCAAGUGUGAUUUUUUUUGCAAUAAUAGGUGGUUUGAACCACAAAAGAGUGGCAUUAGGUGCUCAUGCAUAUUGUUUACACUUUUAGGUAAGUUGCAAGUUGAUAUAGCGACCUUCAAUGAAGUAUUCUGCAAAAUCUGCCAAGUUCUGCAAAAGCUGCAAAAGAUGUUGAAGGUUGCAGCUUGAUACAGCGACCUUCUGAAAGUCGCUGUUUGAUCUUGCAAUGUUAUAGAAAGUCGCAGUUUCAUCUCAUAAACUUAUUAAAGAUCGCUGUUUCAUGUUACAAGCUUAUUCAAGAUCGCUGUUUCAUGUUACAAGCUUAUUGAAGAUCGCUGUUUCAUGUUACAAGCUUAUUCAAGAUCGCAGUUUCAUGUUACAAGCUUAUUCAAGGUCGCUGAAUGGUGUGACAAGCUUAUUAAAGAUCGCAGAAUGGUGUCACAAGCUUAUUAAAAUAACUGUCAUGUUUGCAGAAUUUACAUGCAACUUUCGUUUGCUAGUAAUAGGUGACUGUUUCACCUUGUUGUCUUUUUGCAGCAUGAAAUGUGAGUGGUUAAUGUAAAGGUGA